AUGGUUUUCACUCGGGCCUUUCUUCUUGUCAUUGUGGCUUUUUCAGUUGAUGCUCUGAAAUGGAGUAACUGUGGUAAGCUAAAUAAUAUUUUUUUACAUAUUAUAGUCAAUCUUAAUUUCUUUUUUACUCAUUAAUCGAUCCGUCAAGAGUUCACGGGUUUUAUUUCCUGUUAGUGUGAAUUUGCAUUAAGUAUUGCUGCUUGUUUAUGCCCUAACCCUAACCUUACCAAACACGAUUAGCUUAUAAUUUAUAGGAAACAUACGUUUCAAGCUGUUUCAUGAAACGGUAUUACGCGAAUUUCAAAAAAUUAGCAUCGCGUUAAUUUUCUUCGGCAAACGUCAAUUGUCGUGCGAUUAAUUAAGUGAAGCGUUUAAUAUUAUUUUUGCCCAAAAUUCUCGAUACAAUUUGACAUUCUUGACACGCCUAAGAAUGAAAACCUAUUAAGAAGGAGGAGUAUUUUAUCAGGUUGGUGAUCCACCAGUAUUCAGGAAACUGUGAAGAACCCUCGAAUUGGGCAGAUUUCUUCGCUUGACCCCUUUCGUUCGUUUAGGGAAAGUACCGACCACGAACUAAGUUUCCAUUUCAGUAUCAGUACGUUUAAAUUUGUUCCUGUUGUUCCAACCGCAAGUUUUGUCUUUUGUGAACAUAGCGUUAUUUUUUAAUUCGAUUCUUAAAUUUCAAAUACUUCAAUUCCGUCAUAGAACGUUAAUUUCCUAUAAUAAGGUACUUCCUCAUUCCGCGAGGGUUAAUCAUAGCAAGAAUUUUACCAACGAUUUUCAACAUUUCUUUGCAAUUGUUUCUAGUUCACUGCAGGCUUAAUUUUCUUGUUUCCACUUCCGAGAAUGUUCCUCAAAACUGACCAACAAAAAAGUUCAUCUGUUUGUAUCUUUGAAGACAGGGCCCUUAUGUCCGUUUUUUUUUUUUCAUCGCAUGAAAGAUAAAAUUAUGAUAUGGUCCACUUAUAUCGUGAUCCAGAGGUCCUCACAAACAACCAGGGUAACCAAAAAGCUUACUAGAAAUGGAUAUUAUGCGAAACUUUCGCAAAAUGGGGAGUACAACUUCAAACCUUACCAACCCAUCCCUUAUUUGCCAAAACGUUAAUUUGUUUCCUGUUUUGCUUGAACAGAUGGUAGCUCUCCUGUACAAAUAAAGGACAUUAGCCUCUCUCCACACCCUGUGAUCCUUCGAAAGGGGGCAAAAGUAACGUUCAGUGGAAAGUUCAAGGUAGAGAGUGCUGUUGGAAUUAACUAUAAACUCGACGUUACGUUGAAGCGAGAGGGCUGGUGGGGGAUAUGGAUUCCAAUCCCUUGCUUCGGAAAGUGGUAGGUAAAUUAAAAUUAAAUCGAUCAGUUACAAAAUAACAACAAAAAAAUGAGAGAAAAGACGUUGGUUAUAUUUUCACACCGAACAAGAGACGGAAUAGAAAAAUUGUAACUUGUAUAUGUUAAUUCAGAGUUAUUUUUAGAAGCAAAGGUGGUGCAGUGGUUUUGACUGAGCACUUGCCUCCCACGAAUCGACUCCGGUUCAAAUCCUGCGGUCGACGCCAUAUGUGGGUUGAUUGUUGGUUCUCUCCCUUGUUCAGAAUUUUUUUUUUCUAAAAAAUCAACACUUUCACCUACUCCCGUUUGAUCUUGAUCAUGAACGCACGGACACGAUUUAAUCCCAUGUCAGCGAAGCAAAUUCCGAAAUCAGCGAUUAGGGGAAUUUUUGUUUCUGGAAUCCGUAAUCCGGAAAACUUUGCUUGUGGAAUCCGAAAUCCUGGGCUUUGGAAUCCGGAAUACAGCUUAAGGAAUCAGGAAUCCCACUAUCGAUUGGAAUCCAGAAUCCAAGCUCCACUGAAAAAAAUCCAGAAUCCAAGGCGUACUGUGAUUCCCUUACAUGCUGUUCGAACGAUUAAACACGAGUUCUUAAGAACUCCAUAAUGAUUGAUGGUUAAAAAGAAAACUACAAUUUUUCUCUGUUGCUACCUUUUAAAAUCCCUAAAUUGAUGAUUCACAAAAGGGGUCACCUAUUAAUGGAUUUGUGGAGAAAAAUAUAUUUAAAACAUUUUUCCUUUAAAAUUGUUACCAAUUUUCCUGUGAGUAAUAAUAAUUGCGUGCGUUUCUUUACAGUACUCAUGACAUCGGAUGCAAUCAAUUAAUUACCUUGUUAGAAGGAGAAAGAUGCCCUCUCCGGUCGCCAAAAGAGUACAUCGUGAGAAAACAGGAGCACGUUUUGCCAGACGUCAAUAUUCCUUCAUUUUUGACUAGUGUAAGUAUCUAUACAAUGAAUACACACACUAAAUCACUCCCUCAGCAGGAUGACGUUAGAGAGCUUUAGAUUGGAGAACGACGAGGACGUCAUUUAAUUAAUUUUACGUUUUCACGCCUAUUCUCUAAAAAUAGGGACUUCGGAAAGCAUCAUUGUAACUUUUUUUCACCACAAAAGUCAGUUAGCUUAUUUCCGUUGAAGGUGUUAAAGCCCUCUCCCGAUCGCUAAAUGAUAAAAUUCCUAUUAACAUUUGAUAACUCGUUUUCGCCACUACGACAUAGAAUGACGAUGGCUAUCACGUUCACAUUUUCCCGCGAAAAUGACGUUGGUUCGCACGCUCGCGCUACUCAGUAUUGGGAAAAUAACGUUCUCGUAGUAGUCCUCGUCUUAAAAUCUGAAGAUCUCUAUAUAUUAAAACGGGGAAGGGAAAAGUGAAAAAAAAAAGAAAAAGAAAAAGAAAAAAUUGUAACAGAAGCUAACUCGAACGGCCUAGCCCUAUCAAUAACUCCAUGUCCAAUUCUCUGCUUAGUUCUAGUUUUUAAUUUUCUCGUUCUGCGGUACCUGUUUGCUUUAAAUCAGAUACGAGUAUUUUGAUAUAGAUAGACAUAAAAUAAAUGUACAUAACAAGAUAUAUAUAUAUAUAUAUAUAUAUAUAUAUAUAUAUAAUAUUUUUUCUACAUACAGGCUUCAACAUUUUAUAUUCGUUAUGAGUGUAAGAGGUUACUACACAGUGAGAGGAUAAUUAUGUGUUUGACGUAUGUUAUGACACAUUUGACUUCAGCCCUCAGACACCUUAUUUGCUAUCCUUUUGUGUUACGUAUUUUAGGGCACGUACAAGGUUCAGGCAGAUCUGAGAGAUAAAGCAAGCAACAAGAGGAUUUCUUGUGUAGAGGCCGUCGUGACAAUAACUGAAUAG